UCUACAAGCCAUUAAUUUGUCCGCAUCUCUCUAAUUUGUGGCAAGCCGUUUUUAUUGAUCUAAAAAGUAACUAUCGGGUAACUUUAAUUGUUGAGAUAGAUCAAAUCCAAGCCAAAAAUAUUAUAGCCUACAGUCUCUGUGUGUGCACACAUUGGCUACCGUGGUUUACGGAAAUAGGGAAUCUGCGGUUGAGAAUCAAAAAUAAACAAACGAAGAAACGUCAACCAGCAACCGGCUAAUUUAGGUAGCCACUAGCUAGCUAGCUAUUUUGUUUUUACUGCGUUCAGCCAAAUGCCAUAAAUUGAGGUGACACUCGCCAAGUCGUUUACCAGCAGCUGUAGCUACAUUAUUUACUAAAACGUGAAGGGUGACUACAUUAGAAACGUAUAGUAUAUUCUUUGCAAUGGAGUGGUAGCUAGACGAGGGCGUGAUAAGAAUUUGCUGCUAGCCACACACAGUCAUUAAAACCUCUUGAACAAGCAUCAGUGGCAUCGUUUUGGAAUGUAAAUACGGUUUGAACUGGCCAAGAUUAGCUAGCUAUUCAGCUAGGCUAAGUUCUAAGGCAACAACAACACGGUUACAAUAUCGCACUGUUUACUGACGACUAACGUAGCCCGAAUCGAAAGAUGGACUCAAAUGUGCAGAAGAGACGGGAAAACAAGAAAUCAUUGCGUGUAAAGGUGAUCAGCCUUGGCAACGCUGAGGUGGGGAAGAGCUGCAUCAUCAAACGUUACUGCGAGAAGAGAUUUGUGCCCAAAUAUCUGGCCACCAUCGGAAUUGACUACGGUGUUACUAAAGUCCAAGUUCGAGACCGUGAGAUCAAGGUGAACAUCUUUGACAUGGCUGGACACCCUUUUUUUUAUGAGGUCCGUAAUGAGUUCUAUAAGGACUCCCAGGGUGUGGUGCUGGUGUAUGAUGUUGGUCUCAGAGAGAGCUUUGAUGCUCUGGACAGCUGGCUGGGGGAGAUGAAACAGGAAAUGGGAUCCCAGGCCAACAUGGAGAGCAUCGUAUUCGUAGUCUGUGCCAACAAGGUGGACCUGACCAAGCGACGGGUGGUUGACGAGGGGGAGGGCAGGCUGUGGGCGGAGUCUCGGGGGUUCCACUACUUUGAAACGUCAGCCCAGAGUGGAGAGGGCAUCAGUGACAUGUUUCAGUCGUUUUUCUCCUCCAUUACUGACAUGUGUGAGAAUGGAGGAAAGCGUCCGGUGGCUGAGGUCAGUGUGGGCUUCACCAAGGAGCAAGCCGACACCAUCCGCCGCAUACGCAACAGCAAAGACUCCUGGGACAUGCUGGGGGUCAAACCUGGAGCCACACGGGAAGAGGUUAACAAGGCGUACAGGAAGCUAGCCGUGUUGCUGCAUCCUGACAAGUGUGUGGCACCAGGAAGUGAGGAUGCAUUUAAGGCAGUGGUGAACGCUCGCACCUCCCUGCUGAAGAAUAUCAAGUAGACACGCCGCUUCCACUGUGGACAACCCAGAGACUCUUGACUACCCCCCUCUCCCCCUCCCUCCUCACGUACUUGCCCCUCCCCCCACUGACUGACCUCUCCCUUUACUGACUGGCCAAGAGCCCCACCUAACCACCUGCUUCCCUUAUCGACAGAGCCCCACUAUCUCACUCACUUCCAUGCAUAUGUUAUGCAUGCACUGCUGUGCCCCUCCAACUCCAAAUGAGCCCCAUCAGACCUCACUGGCAUUACCGGCCUUACAACCGCACCCCCAACCCCCUUGCCCUCAAAGUUGCCAGUUCAGCAUUUAUUUAAAAGUCCCCAUUUUAUGUGCCACUUUUAUUAGUAAGCUAUUUUCAGCCUACUUGUUUAUUUAUAACAUUUUGCAAUCCCACUGCGACUGAGUGGAUUGUAAGUAUGUGUGAAGAACGUGUGUGUGUAACAGAUUUCUGGCUGUGCGUUUACCUGUCCACAGACACUGGAGUUUCAUGGUGUGGGGCAUCUUGCCUUCGGUUUACGGUGAAAGUAGUGGUAUGGAUUAGUUACCCUUAACCUACACACAUAGGUUGAGAUGGUAACCUACAUGCUAGCCUGCAUGCUAGCCCGCAUGCUAGCCCGCAUGCUAGCCCGCAUGCUAGCCCGCAUGCUAGCCCGCAUGCUAGCCCGCAUGCUAGCCCGCAUGCUAGCCCGCAUGCUAGCCCACAUGCUAGCCCACAUGCUAGCCCACAUGCUAGCCCACAUGCUAGCCCACUUGUCCUCUCAUUCCUCAGGUCCAUUUUGAUUUGAUGUGUUUAAGCUUAAUUAAAAAAGAAAGGGAAACACUGAAAUGCAUUAACCACAGAACAGAUUAUAUACAGUGAAGUGCAUCAGUUAGGAUCCAGUAAACUCACAGGCCUAUACACUUCAGGAGAGUGUAUGUGGUAAAGACACUGACCCAUCCUAGCUAGCUUGAACAGACCAGAACUCACUUAGCCAAAUAUGUUUUAAUAGUUACACAUGGCCUCGCUAUCAUUUACACUGGAAUGAACAGCUGUGUUUCCGUUGAUCCAUGAUGGAUGAAUACUUACUGUGUUUCAAAAUUGUUUGUCAUGUAUAACCACGUUUACCUUGUGUUCCUGAUCUGCAUCAGUGAUGAACAUCAUGUAAUGUUCAUACCAAGCCGCCAUCAAACAUAUUCUGAAACGCCAGUUCAAAGCACGUGAUUGGUUGAUGCACCUUAGGCAUCAGCUAUGCCAACCAUGCCAGUCCAGUUUACAACAACUAGGACAAUGAUGAUGAUGAAGAUUGUCGGUCCUGGUUAAUUAUUGGGUUUGUGCCAAGCUGUCUUCAGACUAAGACAGAAGUAAUCUAAGACACGACAAGGUUCCACCCACUUUUAUCACUGGAACAAAGCACUGACGUGUGGCAUGGAGGUUCCAUACUAUUUCUAUUUUUAUAUCAACACCAGAAAGAGAGAAGAUAUUUAAUCUAAUAUCAAGUGGUACUUAACAGAUGCGUGAUGAUGAUUCUACUUUCCUGUGUACUGUAUGACGUGAACUAUAUCCUUUUAAGAUGUUUAUUUAUUGUAUGCACAUAUCUAUGUUUAUGUUUUAUAUUUACCUGUUAUACUAUUUUGUAAGAUGGUAGUGAGGUUGAAGAUUGUGGUGCAUGUUUUGAACAAGGCAGGACAGGCGCAAGUCCAGCAAAGAGGAUGAAAAGUAGCAGUGCUAUGAAAGGCUUAGCAUUAUUCAUCCUCAGUGAAGGGAGAGCUCUAAGCUGAGACUGAUUGUUAAGCCAGUUUGUUUAGGUCAUAAGUCAAACCCAUCAUAAAUGGCCUUCAAACCAAACACACAUUGACUGACACACACGCACACGCACACACACACACACCCUCAGGGAGUAGUAAAGAGGGUGUCAAAUGACUUACUGAGUUUUACACUGAAAUGAAACAUGCCACUUUUAAGUGACACACCACUUAGAUGGGACUGAUCGCCUGAGUAUCAUGUGUGCACAUGGACCUUUGGUGUGUGUGUGUGUGUGUGUAUUGCCUCACGAGACCGUAUUGCUCCAACAGUUCUACUCAAUGUGUUUGCCUGAAACUUCCAAGUAAAAUGUGCAUGUGCAAGUUGAUUCAUUUUCAAAUAAAACAAAGUUUAAAUAUAUGUUUAGGUUG